UAUUAGAUCCAUAGUAGGCCCAUCCUACACAUACACACGUAUGACAACGUCCUAGGAUCCAGUUUGCUGCUUGCCUCAUGUCGCCUGACACUAGUGGACAUUCCCGAAAGGUAACAAACUAACGGGCUCAGGUUAGGGAUGCGCGAAGCUCGAAAGUUUCGGGUGCCAGUCUCUACAGUUCAUCCGCUUCUCGCAAUGAGUGAUUCUCAAGCGCACCAUCUUGUUACAUACACUGCGAUAUUCAACGUGCUCUACGAGCUCAUGGCAGGGCGACGACUGAGGGCUGAUCGCAUCGGCUGGAGAUCUAGACCUGUUAACCGAUCCCUGCAGCGCCACCUUUCUAGACGACCGAUGGCUGUUUCGCGAGUGCGAAGUGCCUAACGGGCGUAACUGCAAACUCUGCCUCGGAAAGAAUUUGGCAGCUGGCGUCUUUCAAUGACACUUGAAGGCAGUAUUGUUUCCAUAGUCAAAAGAUUCGAUAUGUUCGUCGUAUCAUGUCACCAAGACUACUCCCCCCACAAUGAUCACCGGAGGGUGGAUCCGCAAGACACAAUCCCGUAAAGGUUAUCGAUAGACCAACCCAAGGGUCAAACAUUGGUCUACGAAAGAAUCGAACUACGAGUAGGUGCAUACGUAUCAUUGAACAGACUUGAGAGGAAAUCAUCGGGAACCUCAUUCGUCUACGGUGAUUAAUCAAUGGAUAUAGUCUAUGCUGUGGUCGUUGUUGUUUUUGUGGUACAAUCCCGAAGGUGGGAGGAGG